AUGCCCGCCACUUCCACUAUGGCAGGUUUAGAUUACACCCUGUACUACCUUGCGGGCUGUGGGUUGGCGGCGUUCGUUAUUUAUGUCUUUUGGCUGGUUGUCUACCGACUGUACCUUAGUCCCGUGGCAAGAUUCCCUGGCCCAAGGCUCGCAGCUCUCACCAACUGGUACGAAUUUUAUUACGACGUGAUCCGAGAAGGGGAAUUUACAUGGCAUAUACAAAAGUUGCACAAGAAAUACGGUCCCAUCAUCCGCAUCACGCCGACGGAGCUUCACAUCGAUGACCCAGACUACUACGAAGUCCUGUAUACGCGCGGUUUGGGUCGGCGAAACAAAUACACAUACUUCUCCGGCCGCUUCGGCUACGCCAGCGACACUUUCUCUACCGUCGAUCACAACCUACACCGUCAGCGGCGUAAGGCCAUUAGCCCCUUCUUCUCGGUCACUAAGAUCGCCGACUUCCAGCCCGUCAUCCGCGCCAAGGUCGAGAAGCUGUGUGACAAGCUAGAUGGGUACGCCAACAAUAAGGGUUCUGUCGUUCGGCUGAGCCGCGCAUGGAUGGCGCUCACGACGGACGUCAUAUCUGAGUAUGCGUUUGCGCGUUCAUAUGACCAGCUUAGCAGUCCGGACUUUGAAGAAACGCUGCACGAGGCACUCAUUGCUAUCUACGUUACAGGUCAUUUUGCCCUGCACUUCCCCGUCGUGUUCCCCAUCCUCGACAUGCUCCCGGAAUGGUUCGUACGAUGGGGCAAACCAGAAAUCAUGCCAGUGGUGGGACUGCGAAAGGACCUGGCUGCCAAAGUUCACCAAAUCCGAGAUGGCAUUAACGCGGGCCACAAGUCUGCCUCUCACCCAACGAUCUUCCACGAACUGCUAAAUAACAUGGAACUGCCCAAGGAAGAAAAGUCGGACACCCGCCUUGGCGAUGAGGCCCAGCUAAUCAUUGCUGCCGGGUUAAUCACGACAUCGUGGGCCCUAAGCGUCGCUAGCUACCACCUGUCAGCAAAUCCCAGCUUCACUGCUCGGCUCUGUGACGAACUUAGAGAAGUCGAACAGCCGUACGACUGGCGGAAGCUUGAGAAGUUGCCGUUCCUCUACGGUGUCGUUCACGAGGCUAUGCGGUUGGCCCAUGGCGUUGUGACGAGAGACCCCCGCCUCGCCCCAGAUACGGAGUUGCAGUACGGCGAGUGGACGAUCCCACGCAACACGCCGGUGAGCAUGACAACGUAUGAUAUCCUCAUGAAUGAGAAUAUCUUCCCAGAUCCCAAGUCUUUUAUUCCCGAGAGGUGGAUUAACCACCCGGAGCUGGAGAAGUAUUUUGUGCCUUUUGGCAAGGGCUCGCGGCAGUGCCUAGGUAUCAAUCUUGCGCAAGCAGAGCUUUAUAUUACCAUCGCUACAAUUUACACUCGUUUCGAGUUCCAGCUCUUUGAAACGGAUAUAUCCGACGUUGAGAUGGCCCAUGCAUAUCUGGUUCCGUACACCAAAUGGGAGUCGAAGGGGAUUCGGGCUACCGUGAAAAUGCUUGACUAG